CAAAGACUUCAAGUCUUAUUAUGCCAACAGGAAAUAUGGCUUACUCUGCUAGAGGCAGAGACCUUGCCACUACAACUGGCUCUGCUUUGAGGUCUCGCAAGGUUGAUGCUCGUCGUCCUCUUUCCAUUUAUCACUUUCAUGAAGCUCCGGAUCUGGACGAGUCUUCUGCUCUGAAUCGAACCAUCCCGCAGGUUGCUACAGGUGUCGAAAAGGAAGAAGAAGAGGAACACCAUCUCCAGGCUGCUCUGGUUGCAAACCACACCAACACUCAGGUCGUCAUCCCAACUCCAGAUGCUUCCACUUUGAUUCCAUUCAACAUUUUCGAGUCUCUUUACAUUCCCAAUUUUCAGCUUCCCAAAUCUUUGAUUCGCUUCUCCACCGUUGUCGAGGAUGUUAUUGGAUGCAUGUACAAUCUUGACGAAAUCGAUGAUGAUUGGAUCUCCACGUACAACCGUAAACAUGAGAACAAGGCGGAUCACGUUCUUGAAGACGACUUUGAAGCCGCUAUCGUUGCAUUGGAUAAUGUCGGAAAUGACAAGGUUUCUGGUGAAUGUCCUACGUUUGAAGAAACUCAAUCCCAUUUCUCCCAGUCUAUUUAUCCACAAAAUUUCAAUCUAUCUCCUGAUGCUCUCGCCAAUAUUUAUGUGCAUUGGAAAUACAGACGAUACACUGAAAAGUUGUCUUCACUGAUUCCAAAAUUCAAAACUGAAGAAAUUUCUUCAAAACCUGAUAGCGAUCCAUACGUUUGUUUUCGGCGCAGAGAAAUAAAGCCUAUACGAAAAGCAAGACGUGCUGAUAUUCAAGGUCUUGAUAAGUUACGAAAACUACGAGAAGAUUUAAAAAAUGCUAAACUGAUUCUGGAUCUUGUCACUCAACGAGAAGAAACUCGUCGCGAUAGCAUUUACAUGGAGCAUUUGAUUUUUGAAAGACGUAUUCUUGUACGUCGUCUUAAGCGAAGACUUGGCGUGGUAGAUACUGAGGCUACUCCAGAUAGUCGUCGUAAAAAAAGUCGUCGACUCACCGAUUUUGAUGAAACUGGUGAAUCCACUAAAAUCAGGAUUCCUAUGCAAAAACUACGCGACGCUGCCAACUUGGUUUCUGAUCUGGACUCGAAACUAUUUGCCGAUCAAUUUGGUCCAAGUACUAUUUCCGUAGAGGACAAGGUCAAAAAGAUUCGAAACUUGGAUGAACGAAACGGAUGGGCUGAUGUAACCGAGGAUCCAUUUUUGGGAAUAGGAACAGAUGAACUUAAUUUAUGGAGAACAGUUCCUCUUUCCGAUCAAGUUCCAGAUAUACAUUUUUUACAAGCGAAUACUCCACGCGUAGCAUGUAUUCGACGGAGAAUAGGACGAGGAGGUCGCAUUGUUUUUGACCGAAGGCAUUGCCAAUCAGAUCGAAGGUUGCAUGAGGCACAUGCUACAAAGUGGCGCUUUGAUGAUAGCGAUGAUGAGAUGGACGAGGAGAUUGAAUACGAGGAUGACCAUAUGCUUAUUUCAAACAGGGCGUUUGCAAUUGCUCCUCUUGAAGAAGAGUAUCGAUUACUAAUGAACAAGCCUGCGUUCCCAGACCAAAUUCAUGUUCAGCCAUUACCAGAUAUUCUGAAAUUGCCUACUACGAACCCACCUAUUCAAGUGAUACGGGCACCUACUGGAGCUGCAGCGCAUUCAUCUGCACUAGCUACUGAAUCUACUUCUACAGCUACGACUCAACCUAGCAUAGCAUCUCUUGCAAAUGUACCGACACCUGUUAAAAAACGGCUUUCAAAAUCGAAUUCAUUUGUUACUGACUCCAAGGGGACUUCACAACCAUCUUUGGUGCAACCAAAAAAGAAGAUUCAAGAGCAACUGGAUCCGCGAACAGCCGCUGUUAAAGCAAUGAUGCUGCAAUCUCAGCGUCAAGCGCAGCAACAAAUUAAUCUUAGUCAAUCUAUUCAGCAGCCCGCUCUAGCUAAUUCGUCAAGCUUUUCGCCCACUAAUGGUGCUGUCAAUUCUGCUCAAAGCACAGAUUCCUUGUACCUAUCUACUUCAUCUGCAUCGACUGCAUCUGCCUUGGCAUCUUCCACAGUAGCGUCCUCUGCUAUGCCAAUCUCUCUGAAUGGCAUGACACCAGCUCAGAUUCAGCAAUUGAAGGGGCAGCACGCUUUGUACCAAAUGCGCCUUCAACAACAGAGACUUCGGCUACAGCAAUCGCAGCAGUUGGCACCCCAAUCACUUCAAGCCCAAAUUCAAAUGCAAUUUCUUAACCCAUCCCAAACACUGUUGAACUCCCAGCUGCAGGAUCAGUUGCAGGCAAGCACGACAGAUCAGCAAGCCACGAUGAAUCUAGUCGGGUCUCUUGCACAAAAUAGUAUUCCUUCACUAGCAUCCAACACAUCACUCAAUCUUGCCCAACAGCAAUUGCAACAACUUUACUUUAAUAAUCAGGCUUUACAACAACAACAACAUGCAGCCAUGUCACAAAAUAACUCACGAUUCAUUCCCAACAACAAUGCUGCACUGAUUACCUCGAUGAUGAAUCAAAGCCAGUUGCAGCAAGCACAACAAGCGCAGCUUCAGCAACAGGCAUUGCUAUCUAGUGUUAAUGGACACGCCGAUUCAUCCAGUUCAGGCACGGCGACAGGGAUCCAGCAACUUUUACUCAACCAAAAGUUUAAAGCAGGAGCGAUCCCACCUUCAGGAAAUGCAUUAGGCGGUUCCAAUACAGAUUUGAUGGCAGGAUUGGUCAAUGGUGUUAGUAUACCAUCAACGUCUGGCAUUGCACAAGGGACAGCAGCCCUAGCCACUGCUCUAGAUACGAUUAUCCAGGAUGCCAAUGAAUCAACCCAUUCUAAAUAAAACCUGUUAAUUACUGAUGAU